CAUCGACGUGCGCCGCGAUCGGUCUGCGACCAUAACAACGCCUGAUAUAACCCUCACUUUCAUCGAUAUCAAUGAUAGAGGAAUAUUGAUCGGAAUUAAUUUGUACAGCCUUACAGGUCCUGGUCACUUCAUCCUCGAGACGGACACACGAAAAGUACAUCCAAACUGCCCUGACUUCCAGUCCCAGGACCCUAACUCCCGAUGGUGGCAUCGUGCUGAAGAGCGUGGAGAGGAUCCCGGAAGGAAUGGGGUAGAGUUUGCCAUGAGGGUCCCGGCACCGAACCGCUCCGAUCGGGCAGAAUCCGGCUCCGGGGAGAUGCCUGAAAAUGGCCGCUCCAGGAGGAAACGUGUGCCCAAGACGUGCGACUGCUGCGGUCCCAACGGGAAGCCUCACGCUCCCGGACACGAGCAGAUCUCCAAGAAACGCGGACGCAAAAAGAAGAAGGACAUGGUGAGCCAAGAAGAGGUGGCGGCGGAAGAGGUGGUGAGCACAUCAGGGGUCGUGACAUUAGACCCGGUGGAUGCCGGGACGGUGUCUGAGAUGGAGGAGGCUCCGUCUCCCAGGGGAAAGCCAGACGUCUCCCAAGCGAGUGAAAGCACGCUCAUGGUGAAUGGCUCGGAGAACAGUGAUCAUGCGCAUCCCAGCGACGACACGGAGCUGAGCGCUUCUCAAACGCUGAAGAAACCCGGGGAUUCUUCCCUGAGCGGCGCAGAGACGGACGCUCAUAAUGAUGCGAUGGAAACCGAGCCGUCGAGCUGGAGCGCUCAUGUGAAGCAGGUGUCCUGGGACCACCACUACUGCAGACCCCCCGGCGGGGAGAGCCGGAGCGACGGCGUGGACGGGACGACACCGCCUCCGGCUGAGUUCACCACCGAGGGCAUCAUCGAGUGCAUUCACGAAUUCCUUGAGCAGUUCUAUGGGAAAUACGCCAGCUUCGCCCCGUUGACUGACGCCGAUGUCCUCGAUCACCUGAACAAGACCUUUGAGUCGGACCUCAACGACAGGAUGAAGCUGAUCAGAGCAGAAGUGUCCAAAUACAGGGCUGGGCUGGCUUGUGCUCCUAUGCAGUUCUUCCAAGUGACCUACAACAAGCACACGUUGACCUUAGAUGACCUUUCAACACUUGAUGACCAAAACUGGGUCAAUGAUCAGGUGAUUAACAUGUAUGGAGAAUUGAUCAUGGAAGCUACAAACCAUAAGGUUCAUUUCUUCAACAGUUUUUUUUACCGGCAGUUUGUAGCAAAAGGUUAUGAAGGCGUGAGACGGUGGACCAAAAAGGUUGAUCUGUUUUCUAAGACUCUGAUCCUGAUUCCUCUUCAUCUGGAGAUCCACUGGUCGCUCAUCACCGUGGACGUCUCCAAGCAGAACAUCAACUUCUACGACUCGCAGGGCAUCCUCUUCAAGUUCGCUGUGGACAACAUCCUGAAGUACAUCCUGGCAGAAGCCAAAGAGAAGAAGCAGCUGGGCUUUCAGAAGGGCUGGAAGAUGGUCGUCAACAAGACCAUUCCACAGCAGAAGAACGACAACGACUGUGGGGUUUUUGUCUUGGAGUACUGCAAGUGCCUGGCGUUCCUGAAGCCGCUGCUGUUCACUCAAGAGGACAUGCCACGCGUCCGCAAGAGGAUCUACAGAGAGCUCUGCGACUGCACACUGUCCGACUGCUCGAGCCCAGACAAACCCACAUAGACCUGAAGACUCGGACUCGCAGGAACUGGCUUCACUGCAAGCUCUGAUCAGGCAAAGCUGGAGAUUCCCUACAUAUGAGCCUGUCGAAACACCGGAGAGGCUUGCUGGACUUCUGUCGGGUUGCGUUUACCUCUUCGCUGGACAUCGGCAGUGCAGACAUGCGUCCUCAACCUCGAGUUUAACGGCGGCUGUGACCGCUUCUCAGAGAACAAGUGGAUGUUCACAAACGAGAAAACCCUCCGCGAUGGAGAAAUCGUUUACUGGCAGCCACAAAGAUUCAAGACCUCAAAAGCGUGUGGAUAUUAUGAUUAUUUUUUUUUUUUACUUAUUUUAAAAUAUCAUUCAUUUCAUCGCCAUUCAUUCUUGCAUCUUAUAACACAGACUACGUGUUUCUAUCAGGUUUCGUUGAGUUGUUGCUUUGCAGCAUGAAACUUGAAGGCCUUUCCUAGAGUAAAAAUAUCCCGCCGUUGUCGAGGUACAAGAAGCGUUUAUAAAGGCUCUUAAUGAAUGUACUGUUAAACAUGAGAAUUCUACUUGUACAGUCAAGCUUGUAACUUGAAAGCAUAUUUUGUUGCGAUACCUGAAGUCCUGGACCAGAUUUUGCUUUGUUAACAUUUGAUCAAUUUCAAACUAUGUUCCCCGUCGUCCCGUGGAGCCUCAGGACCGACGCGUAUAUCCGGCUGCUUGCUGUACGCCACCGGCAUUAUUUGACAGUUUUGUUGCAAACUGCUGUUCUCUCACUUCUGAGCACUUUCCGUUGUUUUCUAAAAUGCGUCAGCGGUUACAAUGGUUUUGUCGCAUGUCGAUUUGUCAUUAAUUGAAGUCAGUUAAAGGUCAUUUUUAAAAUGAGCACAGAGUGUGCUGCAGUGAAAGCUGCAGGUUUCUGCCUUUUAUUUAUACUCUUCUUUUUCUUAAUCGUGAAGACUGAUCAUCCGAGACCGGUCUCCAGACCAUCACAUCAUCGUCAUCAGUUCUGUGUGAGGAGUGUUUUCUACCUUGUGAUGCAGUUUGGUACAAAAAUGUCUGAAUAGUAGCUUUAUCCUUUUGUCAGUGAUUCCAUCAUUCAAGAGCGAUACUGUAAUUUUUAGUUACUUGAAAUUUACCAACAAAUCAUAACCUCAGACAGAGUUUCUGACUACUAGUUUCAUCAUUAUUUAAAAAUACAUGUUUAAUAACCA